AAUUAAAGUUUUCUGUUUUCCACCGCCAUGUUGUCGAGUCUGAGAACUUUGUCAAGAUCAUUCUCGCUUAUUCGUGCUGUUGGCAAGGCCAGUCAACAAGCAGUAUCCAUCCAUCCCUCAAGAUGUUUUCAUCGGGCAAUACCCGUCUUGUCAGAUAAGCUUUUCGUGCACAGGGAUACUCCAGAAAAUAAUCCAGACAUUCCAUUUGAACUGACUGCUAAAAACCUGGAGAGAGCGAAAACAAUCAUAAACAACUACCCUGAUGGACACAAAGCAGCUGCUGUCAUACCUGUACUGGAUCUGGCACAAAGACAACAUGGUUGGCUACCAAUUUCUGCAAUGAAUUAUGUUGCUGAUUUAUUGGAAAUGCCAAGAAUGAGAGUUUAUGAAGUGGCAACAUUCUACACCAUGUAUAACAGGGAACCUGUUGGAAAAUAUCACAUUCAAGUCUGCACCACAACACCUUGUCAACUGAGAGACUCAGACAUGGUAGUAGAAGUUAUUUCCAAGAAAUUAGGUAUCAAGAUUGGCGAAUCAACAAAAGAUGGUUUGUUUACCAUGAGUUCAGUAGAAUGCCUUGGAGCUUGUGUGAAUGCCCCAAUGAUGCAGAUUAACGACAACUACUAUGAGGACCUCGCAGCCAACGACGUAGAAGAAAUCAUUGACGAUCUGAUUGCUGGAAAAACACCAAAAGCGGGACCCAGGAGUGGUCGAUUUUGUUGUGAGCCCGCCGGAGGACUGACGUCAUUAACAGAGCCUCCCAAAGGGCCAGGCUUUGGUGUGCGAUCUGACCUUUAAACCGUUUGCUCACUGAUAAUACUGUUAUUGAACCUUGUAAAAUAGAAAUUAAACUUUGUGUAAUCUUGUUUGAGAUGCGAUAAAUAAAUUUGGUUUUUAACUUGU